UUUUUACCCUGUUUGUGCUACAGUUAACAUUUUUGUAUAAAUGUGCAGAUUGGAAAUAUGUCUGACACAAUAAUAUGUCAGGAGUGUGCUACCGUCUUGUCUACAACACAUAAGAAGUAUUCAUAAAAGAGGUGAAGCUACAAGAUUCACAACAGAAGAAGCACUGAGAAAUAUUUUACAGGACAAGCUGAUUCAUACAUUGAGGACUUGGGCAGUUCCAGAAAGAGGGAUCCACACCCUCUGUGGGAUCUUACCACACAGUGGAUAAUCUGUCUAGAAUGAGUAGAUGCCAAACUAGAAUGGCGAGGUAACGUGUGGAAGACAUGAGCUAGAGGAAGUCUUCAUCUCCUACAAGGAAAAGAAGUCAAAAGAUCUUUUACCACUGGCAGUGUGGAGGACAGUGUUGGAUUUCAGUUUUCCUCAAGCUCAAAACAUCAAACGCAACAAAAGAAGAUGAUGGAUCCCAGCACGGUUUGGCAGUGGCGCAUCAAGUUUGUGAAAAUGUAUUCAAGACACCCAGAGCCGUUUUAUUACUGCAAAAAAAUUGGAUUUGAUUUUAACGUUGGCUCCAAAAAACACCAAAAACUGGAUUUAAAAUCAGCCACAAAUGGUGCCAUACUUGAGAUCUGUGAAUUUGCUAAAACUUUAAGCAAGAACAGAUACCGUUUUAUCAAUCACAUUCUGGAGAACAGUUUUGAUCUUGGCUGGCGAAGUGAGAUGCAACAAAGUUUAUUUUCAAUUAAAAUUGGACCAAGAAUCAAUGAUUUAAAGAAAAGUCUCUAUAAAUACAAGCUAAAACAUUUUAAUCUGGCUUCCUUUCUCUUAGAAUGUAGCGAUGACACAGAUGAUUUGAACUUGGCAUCUUCAGAACAUCUGAACACUGACAGUGUCUCAGUGAAGAUGGACAUACCGAAUGAUAGUGAACACGAAGAAUUUAAGAGUUCACAGAUGCCAUCAGAAGAAUAUGUAAAGAUUGAAUACGUGUCGGAUGAAAUGGAUGAAACGCAGAUGGAUGUGAGUGAAGGUGAACAACAUGCUAAUGAUGGUGAACACAAAGAAUAUAGUUCGAAAGGGCCACCUAAAGAAUAUAUCAGGAUUGAAUACGUGUCAGAUGAAAUGGAUGAAACGCACACUGAUGACAUUGAACCAGAACCAAAUGCUGGUGAUGGAGAACAUCAAGAAUGUAAGCAUUCACAAAUAUCAUCACAUGAAUCCAAAAACACUGAAAAUGUAUCAGAAGAGAUGGCUGCACGACAUGCUGAGGGGCGUGAACAUGAAAAUAAGUUCACAUAUUCAGGAGAACCAUCAGAACUGAAACAUGGCCUUCCUCCUCUGUCAUUCCCUCUGUGUGAACAGAUCGGUGUGAACUUUGAAGUUGGAUCAAAUCAACGUCUAGAUCCUGCUUUGGUGACUGGUGCUGUGAUGUUGGAGCUCGCACGUGUCAGUAGAAUACUGACGGGAUCCUUCAUGUCUGUUGUUGUUGGUGUGUUGGACCAUAAUUUUGUGCUUGAUCAUAAAAUUCAAGAGCGGCAAAUUUUUUACAAGAUUUUGCGGCUUUUGGAACGGUAUAAAAAAAUUUGCAGAAAUGUAAGAACUGAGUUUGAACAUGAACCUUUUUCUUUUUCACUUAAGGUAAAUCCUUCAAACACAAACAGAGGAUACAAAGUGUUCAACCAAAGCCCCUCACAGUAUCAUUUUAAAGAGGUAACAAAGAGAAGGCAGUCGAAGUUGAAAGAAAAACACGAAGAGAUGGCUCUUUUUCCAAAAAAGGAUCGAUGGAUCAGCCCAGAUCAAAAGGAUGGUCGUUCUUACACGUGUCCUAUCGGAGAGUCAGAUGACUCUGAUGAUGACAUAAAUUCAGUAAAAAAGGAAGUCAGCUGUUCUUUGAGCCCAAACAAGGUUAAAGAUUUGGGAUCCAGACAUCUGACUGAACACUUUCCACCUGUAAACCCAAAUGUGGACUCAUCUGAGAGUGACUCCGAUAAAGAGCAACUGUUUGCAGGCCGACCGCAAACACCGACUCAAACAAACGAUGACACGUUAACUGAAAAUCAUAUCCAGGAAGGUGCAUUGGGAAUGGAUAAACUGUGGAAGUUGCGUGCUAAUCGUGUAAAACAGAUCCUAACUAUGUUGGACAAAGAUUCUUUUUUUAUGUCUAAGAGAUUUGGUUUAAAUUACAAUGUUGGAUUUGGCUUGAAGCAGAAACUCAAUAUUGAGAUACUGCAUCAAACUGCUGUGCUUGAAGUCAUUAAAUUCGCCUUAGCAAUGAAUUCCUCACAGCAGGACUUCAUCAUGGAGAUUCUUGAGUAUAACUUUGAUUUGGAACUGCAGAGUGAACAACAAAGAAAAAUAUUUGCAUCUGAAACCAUGAAAAGAGUAAGACAGCUGAAAAACUGUGACAGUGCCAUCACAUUCUCAAAAGAGACCUUUGAACUUCCUGAUCCUGAGUCAUUAAUGAAUAUGACAAAUCACAGCACAGUUGGUGUCAAACCUGAGCUCAUCACUGUUCCAGUGAGGCCUCCAAAUUCACAUGCUGAACCUGAGGAACAUGUUUCAGAGAGCAGUGAGGUUCUUUAUCCUCACUGCAAAGAAAUAGGACUUAAACUGCACGUAAGCAACAAUCAAGCAAAUACAAAGCAGAACAUCAACAAGUUGACAAAAGGAGUGAUGACUGAAGUCAGCAAGUUUGCAGAAAUGUUGUGUGGAAAAUUUAACCAAGUUCUUGUUGACGUUAUUGAACACAACUUUGAUAUUGAUUUGCAAAGUGGACAUUCUGAAGUUGCUGCAAAUAUUUUAACACAAAUUGCUCAUAUAGUGGACAGAAGGAACCUGCCAAUUUUUAAACCGCUCAAUACUGGACUGGGUAAAAGUUGCAUCCAAAAGUGUCCACAUUCAGAUUCUUCUGGAGUAACUGGGCAGGAAUGUCACAGCAGUUCAAAUUCAGAAAAAUGUAGUCCUGGGACGUCCCAAACACCCGUCACUGAUCAACAUGUGGGCGACUCUGCUGAUCGAAAAGAACUGAAUGAUUUUGAUAAAAUGAUGUGGAAGGUACGUGCCAAUCAUAUUCAGCGUAUCUUAACAAUACCUCAUGUCGACGACUGCCCACUUUAUUCUUACUCCAGAUGCAAGAAAAUCGGCUUGGAUUUUAAUGUUGGAUCUGGAGUGGAACAAAACCUUGAUCCAAAUUUACUGACCAACGGUGUCAUGGCUGAAGUCAGUGCUUUUGCUACAGAAUUGCAGGCAGCACAAAAGUAUUUCAUGACAGACAUACUGGAGUAUAAUUUUGGUCUUGAAUUAAGAAAUGAGCAGUAUCGCCAAGUGUUUGCAGCAGUAACUUUCAAAAGUUUUAGACAACUUACAAAGUAUAGGUUCAAAGCUUCUCGACUGCAGUCACUUUUCACGCUCCCUUUUGGAAAGUGCGUGACGAUUGCAGAUUCAAAGAGUCCAUCUUGCCCCAAAUGCCAUCAAGAGAGAAACUGUAAGCUUGGUAGAGAAUACUCUGAGCCGGAUCACAUGCAGCAUCAUCCACAAACUGUGACAGAAACAGUCCACGCGGAUCCAAACUCUGUAUCACAGAAUCCAGAGAUGAAUCCGACCUUUUCCUUCACAACAACAGAGGAAACAAUAAUGCAGAGUUACCCUCAAUGCAAGAAAAUUGGUUUGAAAUUGUGCAUGCACAAAAAUAAGUCAGCAAAGAAACUCGGAAUGCAUCUGUUGACCAUUGAGAUGAUGAUUGAAGUGGCUGAUUUUGCAAAGAAACUCUGUGGAGUAACAAAACAUGAUUUAAUUGGUGACAUUCUUGAACAGAACUUUAACGUAAACAUACCGAGCCGAAGAAAUUUGCUGGAGCACUUUAUGAAGGUGACAAAACAGUACGAUGGAUGGGCUGCUUGGUUCAGUCAGGUUUUUGUCAUUCAGCCAUCCAAUCAAAUUGAUCGUGUUCUUGCAAGAAAACAAACGUCGAUAGCUGGCAGUCGGAAAAGUGAGCGAUCAAAAGAAGCAGAGAAAAGACAGUUGGAGCUGCAACAAAUGACAGCAAAAGCCACAGUGGCAACUGAAAGCAGUCCUGCAGAACCGAAGAAAAAGAAUUUAAAAAGCAGACAGCUUCAACAAUAUGAUUUUCCCUUUUGCAAGAAAAUCAGCCUGGACCUUGAUGUCAAAUCCAAAUCGGGCAUCCCGAAAAAUAAACUCAAAUUAAAUGUACUAACUCGAGCAGUCGUGUGGGAGAUUUGUAAAUUUGCAAACAGGAGAGUUAAAUAUUCCCCAUUUUCACAAACGCUGUAUGAAAUUCUUGACUAUAACUUUGAUAUUAGCUCACAACAUUGCAGACGUUGGGAAUUUUCUGAAGCGACAGCAUCCAAAGUCCAAAAAAUUGCUAAACAAUUCAAAAAUAAUCCCCAGAGAGGAGACACCAUCUUUAAAUUACCUUUUGUGAUCGAGCCCAGUUCUUCACAAAAUGUUGGAGGACAAAGGAAGAAAAAGGAUGUGCAGCGUUACCUGAGCAAGUCAGACCCCAGGUGUAAUCAACCAGGCGGAAAUGCACAGUUAGCUAGAUACACUCCUGAUGCUAACUGGGGCUCGUUUUUUCAUGGCGUCCAAACUGAAAAAGACCUCCUCUUUCAUCACGAAGACACCAAACCAACAUCACAGACCAGUUAUAGAUAUAUGAUCCCUGCAGUGAUUGUUGCAGCUCCUGUCCAUGAAGCCUUAAUACAGAUGAAUGGGAGUGCAGUGGCUGCAGGUGGUGACAGUCAUUUUCAGGAAAAUGAGUCUUUUAUCGCACACAUUAAAGAGGAGGAAUAUGAUGCACAUUACGACAACAUGGAACCAGAAGCUGACUCAAAAGAAAAAGAAGAAAAAAGCACUUGACAUCAAUGCAGGCUAAAAUGUUUGGGAGUCAGUAGUUGGUAGGUGCCAGACAGAUUUGU